UAUUUUAGGGGAAAAAUGAAUGUGCGUCAUGUAAACAAAAGCACAUGGCUGAACACAUGCCGUUCAAAAAACAGAGGGCCGUGUGGAGAGGAUUUUGCUUGUGAGGAUGGAACAUGCUUGCCUAUCAACAAGUUCUGUGAUGAAUACAACGAUUGUCCUGAUGGGUCUGAUGAACAUAAGUCUUGUGAGAACAUCUGCCAUGCAAAAAGGUGUGAGCAAAAAUGUUUGGCUACCCCUCGUAAGGCUUUUUGCUCCUGUUUAAAGGGCUACCAUCUUGCACCAGAUGGCCGCACCUGUCUGGAUGACAAAGAAUGCAAGGAUGAGAAUCGAUGUUCACAAAUGUGCGAAGAACAACGUGGGAGCUACACCUGCACAUGUCUCCCAGGAUACCAGCGUACUACCAUUAGUUCGUGUAAGCGUAAAGAUGGGGAGGAUUGGCUGGUGGUGAGGUGGGAAAAGGGUAUUUUUAACAUUACCCAAAAGUACCAUCAUGACACCUUGUCGGUUGUGCCAGAGCUUGCUGAUGCAGUGUCAUUUACUGUGGAUCCAGUCACGGGCAACAUCCUUUACUCAGACAAAGAGAGAAAUAUUGUUGCUAUGAUUUCAAAGUCUCCUGAAGGCAAGAUGGAAGAGACCAUUCUCUGGAAGAAAAAUGACCCUGGCCCGAUGUGUCUUGACCCAUGGCGAAGAAAUUUGUAUGUGGUGGAAACAUUCAAGAUAAACAAUGAAAUGCAAGAUAAAAGAAACAUUGAGGGCAGUUGGAAUGAAAAAAAUAGUGAAGAUAUAGGCCUAUGGUCGACUAUGAUGGCAUGUAAUCUGGAUAAUAAGAAUUGUGGGAUCAUCUAUGGAAGCAAUAACUCUGUGGUACAUUCUGUGUCGGUGGCGUUGAGGGAAGGACGGCUUCUCUUUUGUACCAAAUUCUGGGAUUUGGAACGAGGACUCCUUAUGACAUCAUUUCUGGAUGGUACAGAAAUGCGUGUGAUUAGAAGGAAGAUGAACUGGUGCGGUAGUGUGGCAGUGGAUGAAGCAAAGCGACGUGUGUAUUGGACUGAUUUGGUGCUGAACACUGUGGAAUCUGUAACUUGGGAGGGUGAGAACCACCAUCAUGUUAACGGACACCAAAAUGAAAUGUGGCGUCCUGUCAGCUUGGCUUUGGUUGGACGUGAUGUUGUGUUGGUCAAUGCAGAGAACAAAACCCUAGUCAUCUGCCCAAAAGUAACCUUUAUUGGUGGUUGUUACAAAAUUCACCUUCCUAUUGUUCCUCGUGAACUGUUUGCUGUCCCAAUGUCUCUUGUUCCAGAGAAUGACCAAUGCCUGAAUGUGAACUGCUCUCAGAUUUGUGCUUCAGGUGGGAGCUGCAAUAUCUGUCAGGUGAACCACCAAAAAUCUAGUUCGGAUCCUACAAAAUGUACAAAGUUGAACUCGUGUGACAAUAAUAACUGUGAAGGAGGAAGUGAAUGUGAAGCUCACACAAGUGACAAAUAUGUAUGCAGAUGUCCUGAAGGAAAGUAUGGUUUAAGGUGUGAGUUCACUUCAUCCAGCACCCAAAGCUCUGCAUCAGUAAAUGCUGCUGUGGUGUGGGUAAUAAUGGUACUAUUGAUACUGUUAAUUUUGGCACUGGUGUACUUCUACUUGUGGAAGCGACAUCGAUUCACCAUCUGGAAGAGAAGAAGCCAUGG